UGGACACCUGAGUUAGCAGUUUAUCCAGAGUUUCUUUGAAACCUAAUAAGGUCUUGGCCAGCCUGGUAUGCAUGUGGUCUCCCACUGUUCAGCCAGUUCUGCUCACCUGUGAAUGAGAACUAAGAGCCCUGGGUGAUGAGGACAGGGGAGACUGUAGCAAAGGAUCCAGAAACUUGGAGAAGAAAAAUAAGAAGAAUGAAUGUUUCCCUGGUGAAUGCUCCCCAGGGUCUGUUAACAUUCAAGGAUGUGGCUGUGGACUUCUCACAGGAAGAAUGGGAAUGUCUUGACUGUGCUCAGAGGGCAUUGUACAUGGAUGUUAUGUUGGAGAAUUACAACAAUCUGGUUUUUGUGGAGAAUCAUUGCAUAUGCCCUAAAUAUGAGAAUGUCGUGGAUCAAGACACACAGCAUAUUUUCCACAAGCAUGUAAAUAUCCAAAAGAAGUUUUCUAAGUGUAAUGACUGUGGCAAAGAUAUUUAUGAAUACACCCAAAGUGUACUUUACCAAGAUAACUUCAGGGAUACACAUGUUGAGUCAUCAAACAUAAACAGGCAUGAAACUGGAAACACAAGAGAACCUUGCAAAUAUAAAAACUGCAUAAACUGUUUAAAUUUGUGUUCUAUCAUUGGUCUAAAUCAAGGAAUCCACAUAGGAAAGAAAGAACACAAUGGGACAGUGCUUGAUAAGGUUUUUGACACGAAACGUAUACUCAGGCUGAAACAAACCAAUAGUGGAGAGAAACCUUACAAAUGUAGUGAAUGUGCCAGAUGCUUCACCAAGAAAUGCAAGCUUAGACAACAUCAAACAGUUCAUACAGGAGAGAAACCUUACAGAUGUAGUGAAUGUGACAAAUGCUUUUCCCAGAAAUGCAGUCAUAGUACUCAUAAGAAGAUUCAUACAGGAGAGAAACCUUACAAAUGUACUGAAUGUGACAAAUGCUUUACUUUUAAAACUGAUCUAAGAAUUCAUCAGAGAAUUCAUACAGGAGAGAAACCAUACAAAUGUAUUCAAUGUGAUAAAUCUUUUACCCAGAAAGGCCAUCUUAUAAUUCAUCAGCGAAUUCAUACAGGAGAGAAACCUUAUAAAUGCAGUGAAUGUGAAAAAUGUUUUACCCAAAAAUGUAGUCUUACUAUUCAUCAGAGAAUUCAUACAGGGGAAAAACCGUAUAAAUGUAGCAAAUGUGAAAAGUGCUUCACUCGCCAAGGUGAUCUUAGAAGUCAUCAAAGAAUUCAUACAGGAGAGAAACCUUAUAAAUGUAGUGAAUGUGACAAAUAUUUUACCCACAAACGUAGUCUUAGAAGUCAUCAGAGAAUUCAUACAGGAGAGAAGCCUUAUAAAUGUAGUGAAUGUGACAAAUGCUUUACCCACAAACGCAAUCUUAGUAUUCAUCAAAUAAUUCAUACAGAAGAGAAGCCUUAUAGAUGUAGUGGAUGUGACAAAUUCUUUAAUCACAAAGGUGAUCUUAGAAAUCAUCAGAGAAUUCAUACAGGAGAGAAACCUUAUAAAUGUAGUGAAUGUGACAAAUGCUUUGUUCAUAAAAACAGUCUUAGUAUUCAUCAGAGAAUUCAUACAGGAGAGAGACCUUAUAAAUGUAAUGAAUGUAAUGAAUUCUUUAGAUAUAGAUAUAGUCUUAGGACUCAUCAGAAAAUGCACACAUUAGAGCAUAUUUACAAAUGAAGCAAAUGAGACAAACCCUUCAAGAAAGAUAAUCUUAGAACUCAUCAAAGAAAACAUACAGAAGAGUGUCCUUUCAAAUAUAAAUGUUCAAAUCCUUUACUGUUAGCUCAUCUCUGAGAAUAUAUUAGAGAAUUUGUACAGGAGAGAAACCUCACAAAUGUAACAUGAGGAGAGAGCUUUACCUGAAAAAUAGUUUCUGCUGGAAAACAUGAGGCAUGUAUUUUACCCAAGCAGAAUUCUUUGCAACACUUGAGGCUCCAAGUUAAUUAUGAAUAUUAGGAACUUGUGAAAGCACUUACAUAGUGUUCAAAUCAUAGAAACUAUGAAGCAUUUAUGCUGAAGAAUCUCUGAAAAUGUGUCAAUGAAGAAAAAUUUUCAAAUUGUUUACUAUUAAAUAUUCCAUAAUGAACACGAAGUAAAGAAGCCAGAAGAAUCUGUAACACUUUUGUGGAUACGGAAAUAAUCUAUCACAGAAGAAAUCUGAUUAUGGUGGAUAAUACACCUCUCCAAAUAGAUAGUGACCCCAAUAACAUUCUCUGUGUUUAACUCAAAUGAAGAAACUCAGACAAAUCAUAUUUGUUAAAAGAGGAUUUGAUAAACUGAGCCACCAAAAUGGAAUGCUCUUUAUGCCAGUAUUAACAGAUACAGAUUGCCAUCAGUGUCAAGUAUUCAUAAUCUGUAUCAUGUGCUGGUUUCACGUUUCAGGAUAGCAAGAGUCUUUGAGUUCCUUGUGCUCUGAUCACCAACUCCUUCCCCAUAGUUCUGUAUAUAACUGUAAUAAAUUUCAUUGAUUGAACAAGAUAAACUUGUUUUCAGU